AUACAAAGUUCCCUACAAAAUGGACAGCACCAGAGGCGGCAUUUGACAGAAAAUUCAGCAUAAAAUCAGAUGUAUGGUCAUAUGGUGUGUUGUUGUAUGAACUGAUUACUUUUGGAAACGUUCCCUACCCUGGUAUGAAUGGACAUGAGACACUGAAUCGUGUAGACAAAGGAUUCCGAAUGCAGAAACCAAUUGAAGGAUCAGUGCCUUGUCCAGACCCUUAUUAUGAAAUCAUGUUGAAAUGUUGGAACAAGGUAGCAGACAGUAGGCCUACAUUUGCCUAUCUCAAAGAUUUCUUCAAGAGCUACACAGUGAAUGUAGAUGGAGAGUAACCGGCCAUGGACGACUGAUCAUCAUCAACUGGUUGUUUGUGUUAACACUCUUGAGCAAAUAAGGAUAGACAUUACCUGGCGAGCUUUGACAUCAGUUUUUUACUACUGCUAAACCGAGCUGCAUUUGCAAGUUGCACUUGUACGUGAAAUAUCAAUUUUGAUUAAAGGUGGUUAAUCAAAUUAGGGUCAAGUAAUGGAUUUGUUCAAAACUUAAUUAGCUCAUUACUUAUUUGUGUUCACAGAUUUCUCAAUACACGUCAGAUUCAUACUGAAAGUAUUUUUUUUUAAAUUUGAUUUCCUAACACUGGUUUUCCUGUUAUUUAAGCAUAAGUAUGAAUUAAAUAAAUAUAUUUUUCCUAAGGAAUAAUAUGAAAAUAAGCACUACUGUAUUAAAGGUGUCAAAGAUUUGCAUUGAAAAGUAUAUAUUUUGCCAAAUAUAAUUAGAAAUGCAAGUUUAUAGAAUUGUCAUUACUUCACCUUUUCUAUCUCGUUUGCGCAACCAAGAGAGAUUGAAACUAGAUGAAUUCCUAUAGUAAUCUAACUCUGUGCAAUGUUUUUUUCCUUAUAUGAACGUCUAGCAGAAUAUAGGAAAUCUGAAAAAUGUAAUAAACUGUUGAUCAAUUGUGAUAGACCACCUUUAAACUACUAGGACAGCCUAAAACUUUAUAAAGAUAAAUUCUUGCAAGUAGUGAUUUAAAAUUGAAAAGUAUUAAAUGAAGAAUGAGAAAUGUGCGUAUCAUUAGAUUAGGCUGUUUGUUUUUAUCCUUGAAUAUAUAUUUUAUACACAAAAUGUUAUGAAAAAAAAACAAAACAUUUUUGUUUAGUUUUGUACUCGUAUAUGCAGAAGUUGUCUCCGUAAUUUGUUGCAGAUGUAGUCGUAUCAUCUUUACUAAAUGUGCAAAAAUAUUCUUCUUCACUGCAAAUUCUAAUACUGUUUCAAAGGUUCAGCAUUUUCAUAUGUUUAUGCGGGGUAAAAUCUACCGUGAAUGUGAUCAGAAAGACGUGCAUCCAAUUAUUAUAAAUAGCGAGAAAACGGUC